AGCCUACCGCCAGCUAUGCCCCAUCCCGAAAGACAAGAUCUGGGUGCCGAACGUGAAGAGAGUUGGGGGAAAACUCAUACCUAUAUGCGUCAACUGUUUGUGUUUGGUAGACAAAGUUGACUUUUUAUCAGAUGGAGAGCGAUCUAGAUAUGCAUGCAGCCAAAUCCGCCAAUUUCUCCGUGACGGCCUUACUAGAUCUCCCUGAGGGGGGCAAGAUCACCGCCUGUACAAGCCCCAGGGUGGAGGGUGAGGGUCUUGACCUCACCACGACAGCCUCGGUUCCUACCCUCAGCAGCGUUCCACCCGCAUAUUAUGACAAUUCGGAUAAUCCAUAUACCCGAUGGCUUCAGACAAACGAAAACAUCCACUACACAGGAAUACCGGCCAACAGCGUGACAAGUUCCAACGGAGACCUGUCACAGCACGAUAGCGACAGUCACGUGAGCUCUCCUGGCAAGAGCGCAGACUCACUAAAGCAGGAACCGGAAGAGUCCGACAGUGAUGAUGAAAAGGGCAAAGAUGAUGAUGAAUCAGGUUCCGGUCCAACCGGAAAUGGAGAUCCACCUAAGAAAAGGAAACGACGAGUGUUAUUUUCAAAGGCUCAGACAUAUGAGCUGGAGAGGCGAUUCCGCCAGCAGCGCUACCUGUCUGCGCCAGAAAGAGAACACCUUGCAAGUAUAAUUAGACUGACGCCAACUCAAGUGAAAAUAUGGUUCCAGAAUCACCGUUAUAAGUUGAAGCGAGCGCGACAAGAGAAGGGUCUGAGUGACCUCAACCCUCUCCCGUCACCACGUCGUGUAGCCGUCCCUGUCCUUGUCAAAGAUGGCAUCCCAUGUCAAAGGACAAGUGUCAAUGCUCCACUAGUCAAAUCACAGGACCAUAUGUCCAUGCAACACAACCUCAAUGGCAUGGGUAUGUCCCUAAACAAUGGACUGAACCACGCAAACUCGCUAGGUAUGAACCACUCUAUGAGCUCCUAUCCGUCCAUGGCAAAUCCAAGCACUUUGUCCAACUCCAAUAUGAACAUGAACAUGAGUUGUGCAUACAGUAUGAGUUCAAUGGGAUCAAUGAAUUCAAUGAAUCUGAAUGUACCCAAUGUGAACAAUAUGAACGUGUUGCCUGGUUACAGUCAUCCACUAAUGCAACCACAAACGCGUUGGUGGUGACACACUCUUUUUCACAAUCGUGCCUUACCUUCACCUUAGACAACAGGUCUAAGGUCAUAUUCAGGCCUUGAGGCCUAGCCCGGGCCUCCAUAAGACUUUCCUUGGGUGCACGGACUGCACAAUGGUCCAUGCGAAUGUUUGAAAUGUUGAUAUGGACAGAUGUCAUUCUACUACACUGAAGGUGUGUUCUACGAGGCAGAAAGUCACAAGCAACCAGACAUUGGACUGAAUGUAUACUUCAUCUCCUUAUUUGUAUUUAUUCCACUCUUGAAAGUCAUGUGUCAUGUUAUGCAGAAUCUGAAGUUAUAUUAAGGUCCUACACGCCUAAUGAUAUCUGAUAAUUUGCUCUGAUUAUAACUAGAAUCGUGCAGAAGACGAACGGCUGUUUUCGCCCAGGAUAUAUGUCUCACCUUGUUCUGCACCGGUAUACGUACCUAAUUCAUCUUACUCAUUUCCUCUUCAAAAGAUCUCUGUGACAAUAAAAUUGUCUAUUCAA